AUGAAAACAAUCAACUUCAUCACAGGCAACAAAAAUAAACUAGCUGAAGUCCAAGCUAUUCUAGGGGAUACCAUAGAAGUGCAGAAUCGGGCUAUCGAUGUGCCUGAGAUACAGGGUUCGAUUGAAGAGAUUGCAAAAGAGAAAUGCCGUAAAGCAGCAGAGACGGUACAAGGGCCAGCGUUGACGGAGGAUACAGCUCUGGAGUUCAAUGCAUUAAAAGGGCUGCCGGGGCCAUAUAUCAAGUGGUUUCUCGAAGCCCUAGGUCACGACGGGCUUAAUAAGUUGUUGGAUCCAUAUGAAGACAAAUCCAUCGUAGCAGUGUGCACGUUUGCGUUUUCCAGUGGACCAGGUUGGGAUCCCAUAUUCGAGUAUGAGGGGAAUACGUUCGCGGAGAUGGACAAGGACGAAAAGAACCUUAUCUCCCAUCGAUACAAGGCGCUUGCGAAGUUGAAGCAAUGGCUCGCGGAGACAUAUCCUUGA